AUGCAGAAAGACUCCUGCGGGAGUAGACACUGCUGCAGCAGUGAGGGAAUGCAGAAAGACUCCUGCGGGAGUAGACACUGCUGCGGCAGUGAGGGAAUGCAGAAAGACUCCUGCGGGUGUAGACACUGCUGCGGCAGUGAGGGAAUGCAGAAAGACUCCUGCGAGAGUAGACACUGCUGCGGCAGUGAGGGAAUGCAGAAAGACUCCUGCGGGAGUAGACACUGCUGCGGCAGUGAGGGAAUGCAGAAAGACUCCUGCGGGUGUAGACACUGCUGCGGCAGUGAGGGAAUGCAGAAAGACUCCUGCGAGAGUAGACACUGCUGCGGCAGUGAGGGAAUGCAGAAAGACUCCUGCGGGAGUAGACACUGCUGCAGCAGUGAGGGAAUGCAGAAAGACUCCUGCGGGAGUAGACACUGCUGCAGCAGUGAGGGAAUGCAGAAAGACUCCUGCGGGAGUAGACACUGCUGUGGCAGUGAGGGAAUGCAGAAAGACUCCUGCGGGAGUAGACACUGCUGUGGCAGUGAGGGAAUGCAGAAAGACUCCUGCGGGAGUAGACACUGCUGCAGCAGUGAGGGAAUGCAGAAAGACUCCUGCGGGAGUAGACACUGCUGCAGCAGUGAGGGAAUGCAGAAAGACUCCUGCGGGAGUAGACACUGCUACGGCAGUGAGGGAAUGCAGAAAGACUCCUGCGGGAGUAGACACUGCUGCAGCAGUGAGGGAAUGCAGAAAGACUCCUGCGGGAGUAGACACUGCUGCGGCAGUGAGGGAAUGCAGAAAGACUCCUGCGGGAUGCUAGUUGCUUUACCAACCAACCAACCUUCCUCACCAUCAGGCAUCACGGACAUGCUGAGAGACAAAGUACGAGACAUGGUUAAGCAAGCAGAGAAUGACAAGGCCCUUGGCAAAGAUGGAAUAUAG